UUGAUGGUUGGGCUAGAUGAUCUUGGAGGUCUUUUCCAGCCCUAAUGAUUCUAUGAAUACGAACUUCCUGGAGGAAGAAAAAAAGUAGAAACGAAAGCCUGUUAAAAUGAAUGUAAUGCUAGCAAUUAUUCAUUUAAUGACUUCAGGAAAGGUGGACUCAGCUUUAAUAAAGCUAGUAACAGAAACAGAUGCCUUAGUCAUGGCCCUUCCUUGCUGUAUGGCAACACUGGGGCUGUUUGAGCACCCUCGCUGUAUGUUAUCCACUUUAAUUUAGUCGAGUUUCUUUUAAUCUAAUCUCAUAGAUUCCUGGAUUGGUGAUGCUUGACUUGAAGACUUUGGUUUGAAGAUAGCAGCAGCAACCUUGUCUUAACCCUCUCGAAGUUCCUAGUUUUAAUUCUAUCAUUAAGAAGUGUUUCUCUUGAAGUUGAAUACAUAAAUACCAGGCUGAGUUUACUUAGGCAGCCUGAUAAGAGAUGCUGUCAAUGCAAGAGGAUGGCACAUCCUCUGUGUACUUGCAUUUUUAACACUAAUGAACAGUUCCCAUCAUCAGUUCAUGCAGAAUUUUCAAGUUUAUUGGGGUUUAGUUGUUUUAUUAUUUUAUUUAUUUAUUUAUUUAAGGUCCCUAAUUCUUCAUGGCUGGGAAGAUACAAUCCCAGGAAGCACUGGCUUCCUUUUUUUGGUAUUUCAGACUGAUAAACAAAUAAAUGACAAGUGCUGGAUCUUGAGAAUGUUAAACAAAUGUCAGUGCUGAACACGUUCUGCCAGGUUGUAAAACAUCAGAGGUAAUGUGUUCUGCCUGUUGUUUCAAGGAGGGUUUUAUUUUGGGGGAGGAAGUGGGAGUCUCUGAAGACACUAAUGAAUAAAGGAGGAGUAAGGAUGAAAUGAUGUUCACUAAUUAUCAUUCAUUGCCUUUAUAGGGUUGCAGAGCCAUGAGUGCUGACCUCUUGCACUGCUGUCCUUCUGCCAUGCUUUUCCACCAGCUCCAAGAAGAGAAUGGUGUGGAGAAAGAUUGCAAACUGGUUCCUUGAUUGCCUUCAGGCAGGGAGAGUGAGGAGGUGAUGCUAAGGAAAAUCAUGUGGUUCUCAUAUGUUAAGGCACAGCUGAAUGAUUGCUGUUUUUGUGGCUACGAGCAGCUCUCACAGAUGGCUGAUAGUCCUCCUGUGUGCCCGGUCCACAGGCACUCUCUUCUCGUCCUUUAGUUGCUGAGCUGGAAAGCGUGAGGCAGACAAAACCCUAUUCAGUGAGAGAGCACUGAGCAAAAAUAUCUCGCCUUUGCUAAUGCCUUUUUCACCUCUGGUUGAGAUAACAGUGGUGGGAGACAUUUAAUGGAGACAGCUGGAUUAAGGCAGCCAUUGUGUGCUGCUGAGGCUUGGUUAUUGUGAAGAGACCUGGACAGCAUUUUUUUUUCCUCCACGUUAUGACUUUAUCAGUGAUUUAGUGUCUGAGGUCUGGAGCUCAGCUCAGCAGAGCCCUGUGUGACAUGCCGUGUGUUGUUACCGCUAACAAACAGGCUGCGAGAUGGGGAAUGGGAAGAGAGUGGAGGGUUUUGUACCAUUUGCCCUUUUGCAACCUCCCUUUUAUACCUGGUACAAAAGUGCUCUUUCAAACUUUUUUUAUAGCCUGUAAUGCUCACUAAAACACAUAUUGAAGCUGCAGUCUGAAGGACUGCUUCCUUUCCGGUUAAUGUUUUCUUUCCUUUUUGAACUCUACCUGUGCCCUGUGUUCAAAUCAGUAAGACCUGUUUGCAUGCUGUGGGUAUGGGACAGAACUGGUGCCAGUUUGGACUCAGUGUUUCAUUAGCUAAGUGGAAAGGAUCCACAUGUUUGCCUUCCGAUUUCUUCUCUUGUUGAAAUAAAUUCAACUUGCAUUCUAAUUUGAAUGUGGUUUUUUUUUUUUUCAUCAUGCCAAGCCCAUAUCCCCUGUGUGGCAAUAGAAAACUGGACAUAGUUCAAGUAUAUUCAUUGUAGUAUUGUGAUUCCUGCAAGUAGCUACAAUACAAGUCUGUAUAUCCAGUGUAGAGUGAGUCAAAUUUUAAUGUGCUGUAACUUGAAAUAUAAUGAGUUUGCUAUUAUAUUGGACUGUAUUUGCCUAUUCUAUUUUGAACAACAGUGCCACUCAGUGUUAUUCCUCCUUAUUCUUUCAAAAUCUAAAAUCUGCCUCUCACAAAUCUUGAUUUUCUCUCAUUCAGAAUAAACCAGUCUGGCAAGAGUGACUUGCCAUUGGCUUUUACACUGCUAAAGAUGCUUCUCUUUAGACCAAGAGAUAACUCAUCUGGCCAGAAGUGUCUUCCCAUGGAGACUGUGGCUCUCUGAGCAUGCUGUCACACUCUUGCAGCCCUUUUGCUGUUGGUUUGUUCUGGUCUGAUGACAUGACCAUGAACUGCUGGAUCCCUCUUCUAUGGAAGCAAUUCGUUUUGUAACUCCACAAUGAGACGGCAGCAGGAACUACACACCUUGUUGCUUAUCAGGCCCUUACCUUUGCCUCAAUUGACUUUUUUUUCCUAGAAAGGUAUCAGUAAUUUCCAUAUCACUGUGGCAUUUUUCUAAGGAUCAACUCAUUGUAGAUCUUGAAGGAUGAAGGUAUGUCUGUAAUGGAUGAGUGUAGGCAUUUAGGUCAUGCUGAAAAUGCAAUGGAAAUCAUUUGCACUUAAGUCCUGCAAUUCCUUCUCUGAUGUUCUUCUGGUGAAUGUUUAGGUGACUAUGGGAGUGGAGAUUUUUCUGCUCUGGAAAAUCCCUGUUCAUCAACUGCAGCAUGACAAGAAUGACCAGAGUUUCCAGCGGAACCAAUGUAUCUUCACAAUGACAAAUGCAUUGGAAGUGCCAUGGCAUCAGCUACAGAAACAGCUGUUUACAGCCCCAGAAAAGAAAAGGGAGGCGUGGGAGAGCGAUUGCAGUGUUCAUGCAGGACUGACAGAAGCUGAAUGUUUGCAGAACAGAAAACAUACCAGGUCCUUUUCUUUCUCCUCCUUGAGCCGUACUACCUUGAAACCUUGCCAAGAUGAUGGACAUGACGGAAUUCGGGGAGGCUGCUCCCUUCCUCCGAAAGAGCGAGAAGGAGCUGAUGAUGUUACAAACUGUUGCCUUCGAUGGGAAGAAAAAAUGUUGGGUUCCUGAUGAAAAGAAAGCUUAUGUUGAAGCUGAAAUUACAGAAACCAGUGGUGGCAAAGUGACCGUUGAGACAACAGAUGGACGGACCAUGACUAUAAAAGAAGAUGACGUGCAGCCAAUGAACCCUCCCAAAUUUGACAUGAUUGAGGACAUGGCUAUGCUGACCCAUCUGAAUGAGGCAUCUGUGUUGUACAACCUGCGGAAGCGCUACAGCAACUGGAUGAUUUAUACCUACUCAGGCUUGUUCUGCGUGACUAUAAACCCCUACAAGUGGCUGCCUGUCUACAAGUCGGAGGUUGUUGCUGCCUACAAAGGCAAGAGGCGCUCGGAAGCCCCUCCUCACAUCUUCUCCAUUGCUGAUAACGCAUACCACGACAUGCUGCGUAAUCGGGAAAAUCAGUCUAUGCUGAUCACUGGAGAAUCCGGUGCUGGCAAGACUGUCAACACAAAACGGGUCAUCCAGUACUUUGCCACAGUGGCAGCCCUGGGUGAACCUGGUAAAAAGAGCCAACCAGCUACCAAAACUGGGGGAACCUUGGAAGAUCAAAUCAUUCAAGCAAACCCAGCCCUAGAAGCUUUCGGAAAUGCCAAAACCCUGAGAAAUGACAAUUCCUCACGUUUUGGUAAAUUUAUCCGAAUCCAUUUUGGAACCACAGGCAAACUGUCAUCUGCUGAUAUUGAGAUCUAUUUACUGGAGAAAUCCCGAGUGAUUUUCCAGCAACCGGGUGAGAGAGACUAUCACAUCUUCUACCAGAUCUUAUCAGGAAAGAAGGCAGAGUUACUGGAUAUGUUAUUGGUCUCUACCAACCCAUAUGACUACCACUUUUGCUCCCAAGGAGUAGUUACAGUGGACAAUUUGGAUGAUGGGGAAGAACUGAUGGCAACAGAUCAAGCCAUGGACAUCUUGGGAUUUGUGCCAGAUGAGAAGUAUGGUGCCUACAAGCUCACAGGUGCCAUCAUGCACUUUGGGAACAUGAAAUUCAAACAACGACCCAGAGAAGAGCAGGCAGAGGCUGAUGGCACUGAAAGUGCUGACAAAGCUGCCUACCUAAUGGGAAUCAACUCCUCUGAUUUGGUUAAGGGUUUAUUACACCCUAGAGUGAAAGUUGGAAAUGAGUAUGUGACUAAAGGUCAAAGUGUUGAACAGGUUUUGUAUGCUGUUGGGGCCUUGUCCAAGGCAGUGUAUGAUCGAAUGUUCAAGUGGCUGGUGGUCCGUAUCAACAAAACAUUGGACACUAAGCUGCCAAGACAGUUCUUCAUUGGAGUCCUGGACAUUGCUGGCUUUGAAAUCUUUGAUUUCAACAGCUUUGAGCAACUCUGCAUCAAUUACACUAAUGAGAAACUGCAACAGUUUUUCAAUCAUCACAUGUUUGUCCUUGAGCAAGAAGAGUACAAAAAAGAAGGCAUUGAAUGGGUAUUUAUUGAUUUUGGCAUGGACCUGCAGGCCUGUAUUGAUCUAAUUGAGAAGCCAUUGGGAAUCCUGUCUAUCCUUGAAGAAGAAUGUAUGUUCCCAAAAGCUACAGAUAUGACGUUCAAAGCCAAACUUUAUGACAAUCAUCUUGGCAAGUCACCUAACUUGCAGAAGCCCAGGCCUGAUAAGAAAAGGAAAUAUGAAGCUCACUUUGAACUUCUUCAUUAUGCUGGCUCAGUUCCCUAUAACAUCAUUGGGUGGCUUGAGAAGAACAAAGACCCACUUAAUGAAACUGUGGUCGGUAUUUUCCAAAAGUCAUCCAACAAGCUCCUGGCAAGCCUGUUUGAAAGCUACGUUGGUGCUGACAGUGCUGACCAGGGUGGAGAAAAGAAACGCAAGAAGGGUGCUUCUUUUCAAACAGUGUCCUCAUUACACAAGGAAAACUUAAAUAAACUAAUGACUAACCUAAGAUCUACAGCUCCUCACUUUGUACGAUGCAUUAUUCCCAACGAAUCAAAAACACCAGGUGAAAUGGAUGCUUUCCUUGUCUUGCAUCAGCUCCGCUGUAAUGGUGUCCUGGAAGGCAUCCGCAUUUGCCGUAAGGGUUUCCCAAACAGGGUGCUUUAUGCUGACUUUAAACAAAGGUACCGCAUUCUGAAUCCAGGUGCAAUCCCAGAGGAUAAGUUUGUGGAUAGCAGAAAAGCUGCAGAAAAACUACUGGCAUCUUUAGAUAUUGACCAUAACCAAUAUCGUUUCGGACACACUAAGGUGUUCUUCAAGGCUGGUCUGUUGGGCCACCUAGAAGAAAUGAGGGAUGAGAGACUUGCAAAGAUCCUAACGAUGAUCCAAGCAAGGGCACGUGGCAGACUGAUGAGGAUUGAGUUCCAGAAGAUAGUGGAGCGCAGAGAUGCCCUUCUUGUAAUUCAAUGGAAUAUCCGUGCCUUUAUGGCUGUGAAGAAUUGGCCUUGGAUGAAGCUUUUCUUUAAGAUCAAACCUCUUCUGAAGUCUGCAGAAACUGAAAAAGAGAUGGCCAAUAUGAAGGAAGAGUUCUUGAAACUGAAGGAAGCCCUGGAAAAAUCUGAAGCAAGGAGAAAGGAACUUGAAGAAAAGCAAGUCUCUUUAGUUCAGGAAAAAAAUGAUUUGCUAUUGCAGCUCCAAGCUGAGCAAGACACUCUGGCAGAUGCCGAGGAGCGAUGUGACUUGUUGAUUAAAUCCAAGAUUCAGCUGGAGGCCAAAGUCAAAGAGCUGACAGAGCGAGUUGAGGAUGAGGAAGAGAUGAAUUCUGAGCUGACAUCCAAAAAGAGAAAAUUGGAAGACGAGUGCUCUGAGCUCAAGAAAGAUAUUGACGAUCUUGAAAUAACACUUGCAAAAGUAGAGAAAGAGAAGCAUGCUACUGAAAAUAAGGUGAAAAAUCUGACAGAAGAAAUGGCGACUCUUGAUGAGAACAUCAGCAAACUUACUAAGGAGAAGAAGUCCUUGCAGGAAGCUCAUCAGCAAGUUCUGGAUGAUCUUCAAGCAGAGGAAGACAAGGUCAACACGCUGAGCAAAGCUAAAGUGAAACUGGAACAGCAAGUGGAUGAUCUUGAGGGCUCACUUGAACAAGAGAAGAAAGUGAGGAUGGAUCUGGAAAGAGCAAAACGCAAACUGGAAGGAGAUUUGAAGCUGACCCAAGAGAGUGUCAUGGACUUGGAGAAUGAUAAGUUACAAAUGGAAGAAAAGCUUAAAAAGAAAGAGUUUGAAAUGAGCCAACUGAAUUCCAAGAUAGAAGAUGAACAAGCUAUUGUAAUGCAACUGCAGAAGAAAAUUAAGGAGCUUCAGGCUCGUAUAGAAGAGCUGGAAGAGGAGCUGGAAGCAGAAAGAGCUGCUCGAGCCAAGGUGGAAAAACAGAGAUCAGAUUUGGCCCGAGAGCUGGAGGAAUUAAGCGAGCGGCUUGAAGAGGCUGGGGGUGCCACUGCUGCCCAGCUGGAGAUGAACAAGAAACGCGAGGCUGAGUUCCUGAAGCUGCGGCGCGACCUCGAGGAGGCCACACUGCACUAUGAAGCCACAGCCGCUGCUCUGAGGAAGAAGCACGCAGACAGCGUGGCUGAGAUGGGGGAGCAGCUGGACAACCUGCAGCGCGUCAAGCAGAAACUGGAGAAGGAGAAAAGCGAGCUGAAAAUGGAAGUGGAUGAUCUGACAUCCAACAUGGAGCAAACGGUUAAGGGAAAAGCAAAUGCAGAAAAACUUUGUCGCACUUACGAAGAUCAUCUGAAUGAGACAAAAACUAAACUGGAUGAAAUGACUCGCCUCAUGAAUGACCUCACUACUCAGAAGACAAAACUCCAGAGUGAGAAUGGUGAAUUUGUAAGACAGCUUGAAGAGAAGGAGUCACUGAUAAGUCAGCUGUCCCGGGGAAAAACAUCAUUUACACAGCAGAUUGAAGAACUUAGGAGACAGCUAGAAGAGGAAACCAAGUCCAAAAAUGCCCUGGCUCAUGCCCUGCAAGCAGCCAGGCAUGAUUGUGAUCUCUUGCGAGAACAGUAUGAGGAGGAGCAAGAAGCCAAGGCAGAACUGCAGCGGGCUCUCUCCAAGGGAAAUGCAGAAGUGGCACAAUGGAGAACAAAGUAUGAGACUGAUGCCAUUCAGAGGACUGAGGAGCUGGAAGAUGCCAAGAAAAAGCUUGCUGCUCGCCUGCAAGAAGCAGAGGAAGCAAUUGAAGCUGCCAAUGCCAAGUGCUCUUCUCUGGAAAAGACAAAGCACAGGCUGCAGAAUGAGUUGGAAGAUAUGAUGAUUGAUCUGGAAAAGGCCAACUCAGCAGCUGCCUCCCUGGACAAGAAGCAGCGUGGUUUUGAUAAGAUCAUCAGUGACUGGAAGCAGAAGUAUGAAGAGUCACAGGCUGAGCUGGAGGCUUCCCAGAAGGAGGCCCGCAGCCUCAGCACCGAGCUCUUCAAGCUGAAAAAUGCCUAUGAAGAAACGUUGGACCAUCUAGAGACACUGAAACGGGAAAAUAAGAACCUCCAAGAGGAAAUUUCUGAUCUGACCAAUCAGAUCAGUGAAGGAAACAAGAACUUCCAUGAGAUGGAAAAAAUCAAGAAACAGGUUGAACAAGAAAAGUCAGAGGUUCAGCUGGCUCUGGAAGAAGCAGAGGGAGCUCUGGAGCACGAAGAAAGCAAGACCCUUCGUUUUCAGCUUGAGCUUUCUCAGCUAAAAGCUGAUUUUGAAAGGAAGCUGGCAGAAAAGGAUGAAGAAAUGGAAAAUAUAAGGAGAAACCAACAACGCACCAUAGAUUCGCUGCAGUCCACCCUUGAUUCUGAAGCCCGGAGCAGAAAUGAGGCCAUCCGGCUGAAGAAGAAGAUGGAAGGAGACCUCAACGAGAUGGAAAUCCAGCUCAGCCAUGCUAAUAGACAUGCUGCAGAAGCAACCAAGUCAGCACGUGGCCUGCAGACACAAAUCAAGGAGCUCCAGGUGCAGCUGGAUGACUUGGGACACCUGAAUGAAGACUUGAAGGAGCAGCUGGCAGUCUCUGACAGGAGGAACAACCUUCUCCAGUCGGAGCUGGAUGAGCUGAGGGCUUUGCUGGACCAGACUGAACGGGCAAGGAAGCUGGCUGAGCACGAGCUGCUGGAAGCCACCGAACGCGUGAACCUGCUGCAUACUCAGAACACAAGCCUGAUCAAUCAGAAGAAGAAGCUGGAGGGUGAUAUCUCCCAGAUGCAGAAUGAAGUGGAGGAAGCAAUCCAGGAGUGCCGGAAUGCAGAGGAAAAAGCCAAGAAAGCGAUCACAGAUGCAGCAAUGAUGGCUGAGGAGCUUAAAAAGGAGCAAGAUACUAGUGCUCACUUGGAGAGAAUGAAGAAGAACAUGGAGCAAACCAUUAAAGAUCUGCAGAAACGACUGGAUGAAGCAGAACAAAUAGCCCUCAAAGGUGGCAAGAAACAGAUCCAGAAACUGGAAUCCAGGGUUCGUGAGCUGGAGAAUGAACUUGAGAAUGAACUCCGCCGCAACUCAGAUGCCCAAAAGGGAGCCCGCAAGUUUGAGAGGCGCAUAAAGGAGCUGACUUAUCAGUCAGAAGAAGAUAAGAAGAAUCUGGCCCGAAUGCAGGAUCUGAUAGAUAAGCUACAACUAAAAGUGAAGAGCUACAAACACCAAGCAGAGGAGGCUGAAGCACAAGCCAAUCUGUACCUUUCGAAGUACAGAAAACAGCAACAUGAUCUGGAUGAUGCCGAAGAAAGGGCUGAAAUAGCUGAAUCUCAAGUUAACAAGCUGAGGAGCAAGUCAAGAGAUAUUGGCAUGAAAAAGGUACGGUUUUACUCUAUGGGGCAAAUGUGACUGGUUAAUACACAGUAGCAUAAACUACGU